GUCAAAUCAUUGAAGCAGUUUUCUUUGUUGUUGUAUUGUGUUGUUGUUAUAUUUCUAAAAUAUAAAUGAAGUAUUGGAUAUUUUAGCCAUUUUAAUAUAAAAUGGUAUCCAGUGAAGAGGAAUCAGAGAUGAAAACGCACGACGGUCUAGAAUGGGACGUUGAUAUGGAAAUUCAGUUAUUCUACGCAAUGGCCAACCAUAAGCCGGUUGGUAUAAAGAAACAUUUUCAUAUGGUCGGUAUUUGGGAAAAGUUAACAAAUUCUCUUACUAAAGAAAUAUCAACACAAGAUAUUUGGAAACAUUUAGAUACGCUUUAUGACAUGGCUAUGCUUGAGGACACUGAGCCAAUACCAUUUCCGAAUAACGAAGUGAUAUUCAAUUUACCGGAACAUGAAUUUGGACCAUUGAUCAAACAGAAAUGCAAAGAAGCUUUACUAGCUGAUGAUAGUGAUGGAGAUGGUAGGAGCCCAUCUCCUAAAACAGCAACAUCUAGAAGUAAUUCAAGAGGCACUACAAAAGAUGGGACUACUACUAAAGGUCGAAAGGAUAGUAUAAGUGCUCUCGCAACUAAGACGAGAAAAGAAAGUGGCAGUUCAUAUGCGUCAACUGACACACCAAGCAUCAAAUCAGAGAAAGAUUAUGAUAGGAGACGGGAUUCACGAGAUUCAAAUGCAUCUGGACCUCGCGAAAGUACAGCUAGUCGGAAAUCAUUAUCACAAAGAGAUAAAACAACAAAGUCCAAAGUUACUUCAGUGGCAGCUUGGGAUUCCCCUCUUAUAGAUGAGGAGGGCAGCACGCGGCGCGGUCGCCGCCGAGCAAACACCUCCACGCCUCCCGCGGCUCCCGCCAAGAGGCGCAGGACUUGACACGCACAUACACAUUCAUAUCUACAUUUCUUCUGACAAACAGACCAACGCCCAUGGUUGGACCAUAGAGUCCUCGGAAAAGGGCGGGAAACAAGAAAUCGUACUAUGAAUGUUUUUUUCUCGUAAACUACGUAUGACAUUACUAAUACUAUAAACAUUGUAUAUGUUAUAUACAGUUUAAUUGAUUUUAAUUAUUAAAUGACAUGUUUUGAUUAGAUUCUAAGUUUACUGUAAGAGUAAUAAAUAAAGUUUAAUUAUAUUA